AUGGUGAACCAAAAACUGCUUAUAGGAGUCGAUGUUGGUGGCACAAACACCGACUCGGUGCUGAUCAAUCCCCUUGCACUGGACACAUCGAACCGUGGAGUCCUCUCGUGGAACAAGUCUGCCACAACGGCCGAUGUUUCGGACGGAAUCCAGAAAGCCAUCAGGAGUCUACUGACGGAUUGUCCAGAAGUGGCCAAAAACGAAAUUGCCUCGGUGACUAUUGGAACCACUCACUUCAUCAACGCGGUCAUUGAACAGGAUGCGGCAAAGCUGGAAAAAGUAGCCGUUCUCCGGUUGAGUACCAACUACUCCAAGUAUGCUCCUCCAUUUUCCGACUUUCCUGGCGGGCUCCGUUCAGUUAUGGAAGGAUACACAGCCAUUAUUAAAGGUGGUCACAGAAUUGAUGGGACAGAAGUUCAGCCAUUGGAUGAAAGGUCGGUUAGAGAACAUGCGCUCAAGAUUCGCGAUCUGGGAAUUAACUCCAUCGUGAUUAACGGACAAUUUGCCCCAAUGUAUCAUGACCACGAGCAAAGAGCAGCAGAAAUUGUGCGUUCCGUUCUUCCAAAAGCCAACAUUGUUCUUUCCAGUACAAUUUCAACAAUCGGCUUUAUUGAGCGCGAGGAUGCCUCCAUCAUCAAUGCCUCUAUCAUGUCUUUUGCCAGAAAAAUCAUUCUGUCUUUCAAGAAUGCCAUUCGCCAUAUUGGAUUGGAGUGUCCGCUUCUUCUCACCCAGAACGAUGGAACUGUUGUUUCCACUGCGGAAGCCAUGAAAACGCCCGUGAAGACCUUCUCGUCGGGUGCCACCAAUUCUAUGCGAGGAGCAGCUAUUUUGUGUGCCGAGGAAGACUGGGCCAAAGGCCAAUCGAUCAUUGUGGCGGAUAUUGGCGGUACUACCACGGACGUUGGUCUGCUGCUUCCUUCCGGCUUUCCCCGUCAGUCUUCUGCGUAUUCCUUUAUUGCUGGCGUGAGAACCAAUUUCUCAAUGCCUCACGUGGAGUCUAUCGGCCUCGGGGGCGGUUCUAUAGUCAAGAUAGCCAAGGACCUCACCAUUGGGCCGGAAUCAACAGGCGCAAAUCUGCUAACAGAGGGACUGGUGUUUGGAGGAAAAACUACAACUGCGACUGACUUGACGGUUGCAAUUGGUCUGGAAGACGAAACUAUCGAGGAUAAAAGCAUAUUCCAGGUUGGCGAUGGUCAGAAAGUGGUUGGCAAAUUUUCUGAGGAUGUGAAGCAAGCGUUCAAGCAAGAAGUAAAGGAAAUGCUGGAAAAUGCCAUUGACAGAAUGAAGACGUCUCCUGAACCAAUACCUGUGCUGCUCGUUGGGGGAGGAUCGAUGAUUGCUCCACAGGAGCUGGACGGUGCAAGCAAGGUAUUCAGACCACCAUUUUUUGGAGUGGUCAACGCCAUUGGAGCAGCUGUGGGCAAGAUCUCGGCCACCGUCCAGGCUAUCAAACGGAUGGAGCCGUCAGACGAUAAGGAUGCCCUUCUGGAGCAGCUAAAGCUUCAGGCCGUGGAAAAAGCAGUGGCCAAGGGUGCAAUAAGAGACUCUUUGGUCUAUGAUGACAUUGUUGUGAACCCGAUUCCUUACGUCCCAAACACAAUCGAGUUCAUGGUGAAAGUCAUUGGUGAAGUAGACUACCAGGCUAUGCACUACUCUGUUCCUGACGAAGGAGACAGUGAGUUUGAAGAAUCCGGAGGUAGUGUUGCAAAACACUCUGAAACCUCUGCAAACUAUAUUGAGCAUCAUCUGAAGUUCGAUGUGAGGGCCUACAGACCAUUCAUUAACAGCGAGAAAGAGUGGAUCUUAUCUGAAAUUGACUGUGAAUUUUUAAGAAUCGGUACAUAUAUUUUGGGAUGCGGCGGAGGAGGAACACCAUACCACCAUUAUUUGGCCUUGAGACACAUGGUUCGUGCUGGCAAGCCCGUGAAGGUGAUCAGGGCGCAAGACUUUCCAAAAUAUCAGAAAGGUGACGGAGCCGUCGUCGCGGUCGGCUACGCUGGAUCUCCAACGGUCGGCUUAGAACAACUUUCGGGCGACGAGAUGGUGCACGGGUACAACUUGGUGAAACGGUUCAGCAACAUCACGCCUCAGGCGUCGCUUCCAUGGGAAAUUGGAGGCGGAAAUGGUUUGACUGGGCUCAAAAUAGCAGCAGAUCUGGGUAUCCCCUGUGUGGAUGCAGAUUUUAUGGGCAGAGCGUAUCCGCUGUUGUGGCAGAUGAUUCCGGUUUGCUAUUCCGAGCAGCCAUGUUUUCCACCCUGUGCGCUCGCAGAUGGCAACGGAACAACCAUGUUGCUUUCUGAGGCUGCCAGCGACGUGAUCGUGGAGAAAGUGUUUAGGGCGGCGUUGUCAGAGAUCGGAGCACAUUGCGGCAUGGUUUCGUUCAUGACCGCAGAAGACAUUUCCCAGAGGAGUAUCCACAAUACCACAUCGCUCGCCUGGAAGAUUGGGAGAGCAGUUCACACUGCACGGCAGAAUUCUGAGGUGCAAAACUGCGCCGAGUAUAUUAUUGAGGCCUGUGGUGGACCCGAAACAGCGAAGAAAAUAUUUACCGGAAAAAUCAUUCGAGUUGAUAGACGGCUGUUCAAAGGCCAUGUUUACGGCGAGAUUGACGUCAAGGACGAGAACAGCGACGCUGUAAUGACAAUUCCGUUCAAGAAUGAAAAUAUCUACUGUGAGCUAGAUGAAAAUGGCAGCAAGAAAAUCACAGCUUCAGUGCCGGAUUUGAUUUCUGUCAAUGACGCAGAGACAGGCGAGGCUCUUGGUACACAGGACUAUCGGUACGGGUUACACGUAUUUGUACUUGUGAUUUCUCCAAGCACAAGAUGGACCGACACGGCCGAGGCGCUCAGAACAGGAGGUCCGUCAAGCUUUGGCUACGAUUUUGGCUACACUCCAAUCGGAACCUACGUAAAGCCUCAUAGCGUGAUAGAGGAAUAUAUGAGCUAG